AUGAAGAGCGCUCUUCUUACCGCUGCCGCGCUUCUGGGCUCUGCCCAGGCCGGCGUUCACAAGAUGAAGCUCAACAAGGUUCCUCUUGCCGACCAGCUGGCUAUGAACUCCGUUGAGGACCACCUUCAGAGCCUCGGCCAGAAGUACAUGGGUGCUGCUCGCCCCAAGAACGCUGCCGACUACGCUUUUGCUACCAACGUCCCCAGCGUUGAGGACUUCUCCGAGAUUACCAUUGGUACUCCUCCCCAGAGCUUCAAGGUUGUCCUCGACACCGGUAGCUCCAACCUUUGGGUUCCUUCCCAAGAGUGUGGCAGCAUCGCCUGCUACCUCCACUCCAAGUACGACUCAUCUGCUUCAUCCACCUACAAGAAGAACGGCAGCGAGUUCGAGAUCCAUUACGGCUCUGGCAGCUUGUCCGGUUUCGUCUCCAACGAUGUCGUUUCCAUUGGCGACCUCAAGAUCAAGGACCAGGACUUUGCUGAGGCUACCAAGGAGCCCGGUCUGGCCUUCGCUUUCGGUCGCUUCGAUGGUAUCCUCGGUCUCGGCUACGACCGCAUUGCCGUGAACGGCAUGGUCCCUCCCUUUUACCAAAUGGUUAACCAGAAGCUCCUGGACGAGCCCGUCUUCGCUUUCUACCUUGACGGUCAGGAGGGCCAGAGCGAGGCUACUUUCGGUGGUGUUGACAAGUCCAAGUACACUGGCGACCUCGAGUACAUUCCUCUCCGCCGCAAGGCUUACUGGGAGGUCGACCUUGAUGCCAUUGCUUUCGGCGACGAGGUUGCCGAGCAGGAGAACACUGGUGCCAUCCUCGACACCGGUACAUCUCUGAACGUCCUCCCCAGCGCUCUCGCUGAGCUCCUGAACAAGGAGAUUGGUGCCAAGAAGGGCUACAACGGCCAGUACACCAUUGAGUGCGACAAGGUCUCUUCUCUGCCCGACAUCACUUUCACCCUUGCUGGUUCCAACUACAGCCUUCCCUCCACCGACUACAUCCUCGAGGUCCAGGGCAGCUGUAUCUCUACCUUCCAGGGUAUGGACUUCCCUGAGCCCGUGGGUCCUCUUGUUAUCCUCGGUGAUGCUUUCCUCCGACGAUACUACUCUGUCUACGACCUCGGCAAGAACGCUGUCGGUCUGGCUCGCGCCAAGUAA